CUAACGGAACUUGUACGUUCUGCCCCAUCUGUCCGGUCAUCGUGCUCUGGCGAACAUCCAUGAUUGUUGAGAUGGACUGAUUGUCUGCAUCUCCUGUUCUCAUGAGAGUCAAUACCAUCCGCAAAAUCACCUGCCUUCCUUUGCGUCGACGAGAUCUGCUCCCCAGCUCCCCCAGCUCUCCCCAUACUUUUCCGAGUCCUGGGACCGACGGCACCUCGGUUCCUGGGGACCCCAUCAAGCUUCCUCCGACCGGGGCACCAAAUGACUGGGGCCUCCGGACUAACGAGCCUAGUGUAUCACGCCGUUUUCCCCAUGACGACGGGCAGGCCAGGAACCGUCUCAUUCGCCUGGCACCUGCUACUAGCACUGGAGUCCUCGCUUCAUCGCUGCCAGUCCAUUCUCCACUUCAUGAAAAAGACCUGGGCUCUAUCCCCCUCUCUGAGAUUGCUUCUACGCCAAUGAGGAAAAGCUCCAUAAAGCCAAUGUCGGAACAGUUAUGGUGUCUGUGCACAAGGCUCGCACCCCGGUCCCAGGACUGCAGAGUCAUGAGGCGGCCAUGGCUGUCGACGAGAGGUGCAACAAAGCAAUCUAUUAUUUCGUCCGUCACGGACGCUCUAGUGGUUGCAUAAAUCGUCGAUCGGAACUUGAAGAGCCCAAACGGCGGGCAUUGGCCUGAGCAAUAGUGAAGAUUCAAGUCCCGAGAUCGAAUUAAGUCGACUGGGGUUGGACCGACCCCGCAAAUAUAGCCAUCCCGAGACGGCGACAGUGACAACUGGCUGUGAUGGCUUGCGUAUGCCAGUGCUUGCCCCCUAGUUCCAUUCAACCCAGACUGGCCCGGUGUUGAGUGGGCUGAAACACCACCUGUACUCACUCUACCGUGCUUCACCUCAAUCAAUAGUGACUUGAUCGACCCAAGGUAGUCGGUUCUCCUUACCCAUCCACGGGCGUACUGUCGAAAGUGGUGGCUCAGGGGAUCUGCGAGUUGACGGUGUCCCUCAGUUUGUCGAGGGCUCACUUGUCAAAAUGUUUGUCGUCUUUCCACGCCGGCAAGGUUUCUACCCCAGCAUUUCCCCGCAGCGAAGUUAGAAGUGUCUGCUUCAAGCUCGCUCGCUAGACCGGAGGCUGGAGCUUGUUGUCAUGGACGUAUCAUUGGUCGACAGCAGCAGUGUCGCGACAUGCUAUUUUGGAGCUUUGACUAGAAUGGGAGCCGAGGUGACCACUGAUGCGGAAAUACUACAGCCGCAACUGAGCCAGCGCCAACGACCGGGCCCAUGGAUUCCGUCUGUCAAGACUGCCUGGGGCUAGUAGGGAGGUGCCCGGUCGCAUCAUUGGCAGGCCCCAACAAGCCCUUUGUUUGUUUGGGCACUCGGCUCAGCGGGUAUAGGGGGUCUCCUCUCCACCGAGAGCUCGACUCGACGAGAGGAGAAUCAGUCGAUCUUGCCGUGGUCGAUGGCCAGUGACGCGAACAGCACCUGCCCUAUAUUAUGUGUAUCUUCUCCCAGGUGAGUAGUCACGGCCGAGAUUUUUGUUUGGAUCUCUCGUCCGUUGCGGUUCAAGUUCCCUUUGUCCCUGUCAUCCCAACCUCUCACCUCUUCACUUCUCACCUUUACUUGAACCUCGUUUCAUCCCACCUUGGCACCUUACCCUCGUAUCAGUACUUGGUCUAUAGAACUGCCAUACCUCUUUUCGAACGUAUUAGCGAGUUUCAAAAAUGGCCAACGUCCCUGAUGUCGAGAAAGACCACGCCGGCAGCGACUCUGUCAAUGGCAAAUACGACCUCCACCAUGAUCAUCACGACAGCGAGAGUGCCUUGAGGCGGAUUCGAACGGCAGGAAGCAUUUCGAUCACCCCGGAACUCUUUGAGAAGAUCUAUUUGUCGCCCAAGAACCGGGUUUCGAACAACAUCCGAUCGACCUUUGGUAACCCGACUCCUCUGGCCUUGGUCGGCUUUCUGCUAUCUCUCACUCCCCUUUCGAAUGUCCUUCUGGGAUGGCGCGGUGCUGGUGGGCUGGGUGCCGCCGAAGUUGGUGUCUUCUAUUUCUUCGGCGGUCUUCUCAUGCUCCUGGGCGGUUUCCUCGAGUUUAUCUUGGGCAAUACUUUCCCCUUCGUGGUGUUUGGGUCUUUUGGCGCCUUCUGGCUGUCCUUUGGAGCCACCUUGACUCCUUACUUCAAUGCUUCCGCCGCAUACACCCCAGACAACCCGUCCGCGGGUUCGACGGAUCCGGUCUUCGCCGCCACAUUCGCCUAUUUCCAGGUCUACAUGGGGGUGCUCUGCUUUGUCUACAUGAUUGUGGCAUUGCGAACCAACAUUGUCUUCGUCUUGAUCUUCCUGUUGCUGGUCCCGGCCUUCGGCUGCCUCGCUGCCUUCUUCUUCUCUCUUGGCGAGGGUGUGGUUAACAUGACCUAUCAACAUGCGGCAGGUGGACUAACCUUUGUCAUAUCGCUCCUGGGAUGGUAUCUCUUCUUCGUGCAACUCCUGGCCGCGGUCGACUUCCCUCUCAAUCUCCCCGUCGGCGACUUGAGCAGAUUUAUCAAGGGCGCCAGCGAGAGAAGCAAGGCCGAGUAGGCGGACGAAUGUACAGACGCGGAGGUGAUUGGGCUGAUCGGUUGGGUCACGAUGUUGAGGGCUGAAAAAGGGUGAAAUGGGAUACAGUGAGAUGCUGGACUGAGUGAACGCUCACAAGAACAAAACAACAACUUUGCUAUACAGCGUAGCCAGGAACCGCCAGAUUGGCUGUGCUGGUACCACAACUUACCAACUUGCAUCAUUAAUUCAGACAUUGCGGCGGUGAUUUGAUUUCCCGCUUGCUUGUCACGAUGGCUUCUUGGACAAAAUCAUGUCUCUUGUAAUCAGUGCUACAGUACCAAUUCAGAAGAUCAUAAGUAAUGAUGCUGCUGCUCUGCC